AUGGCACCUCGUACGAACCGCCAUCAACAGGCGCAGAACGCGGCCAACCCGAAUGCCGCCCGCGAAAUCACGGGGCCUCGCUCGGCCUUGACCAGCUUCUUACACGUAGGUCCCCCCCACCAGGCCACGCCUCAUCAGAGAGUUGCCCGAUUCGACUGACUUGCGAUUUCGUGAUCACUCGCUCUCAGGAACAAGGCAUCACUGGGCCAGGGGCUGUACCCAACUACAGUCGCCGCUCAGCUCGAAAUGCGGUCGCAACAGCCGCCGCUACUCCGUCCACCCCAGGCUCAACCUCGGGCGCGGCGACGCCGGCUUCCGGCUCGACCUCGGCCGCCGCACUGGGUGACGACGAAGAUGAGGAGGGCACGAGUAUGACGACCGAGUCCCCUGUCGCCUCCACUUCUUCGACCAUCCUCGUCGCUUCAGGAUCGGGCAGCAAGCGCAAGAGCAAUACCGUCUCGGCCGCGGCGCUGAAGAAGAAGAAGAAGCAAGAGGCCGAGAAGCACGGCGAUUCCCCCUUUGAUCUGGCGCACCAACCCCAGGUCAUUCCCAAGAAGGGCAAGUACGAGAACCGCACCCCUGGUAUGAUCUCGAUCUGUGCCGACUGCGGAAAACGCUUCACCGUCACCAAGUAGGUCGAUGACCCCUCGAUUCGGGCGGCUACAAGUCAACUCGAGCUGACGUGCGAACUCUGCAGGUACACUGCUUCGAACCCUCAUGGUUCGGGUCUGCUGUGCUCGCCUUGUACUAGCGAGAGUAUUGAAGACCGAGCGGCCAACCCUUUCAAGGCGGCGCCCAAAAAGGUUGUCAAGAAGCGCCAAAAGGUCGUUGAAGAGACUCAGUUCCGCCCGAUCAAGACGCUGCAACAGACCGUCAUUGAUGUAGGUCCAGACUCGGUGGUAGAUACCCCCAACGUUCUGUACCAACUGACAUGCUUAACGCCACUAGGUCAUCGGUAACCACAUUGACGAUGUCGAGGCGCUCGGUGAUGUCGGAGCCAAGAACCUUGACCGGAUCGCCAAAAUCGUGUGCAAGAACCGCGCUCUGACCGGGCAGAACCUGAGUCUGUUCCUCGAGAUUGAUCACGCCGAGUUGAGCUUGUACGAUUGCGCGAGUACGUUUACCAAUUGCGACUGCCCAGCGGCAAAGAGCUCUCACUAACUUGUCUGGUGUGUCGAUCCCGCACAGAAAUCGAGGAUCACCAUCUCGCUUCGAUCGCGACGUUCUGUCCGCGACUUGAGCGCAUCACGCUCAAUCUGUGCGGACGACUCGACGAUUCGGUCCUCGAUGCCUGGGCCAAAGGGUUCAAGAACCUCAAGUCGUUGAAUUUGUAUGCGCCAUACCUCGUGACGAACACCAAGUGGCGUGAGUACCUCGCAACGUUCGGCACCGGACGCGGUCAGCACCAGCUCGAAGGCUUUGGUAUUCGCCAAUCGGCUCGUUUCGACGACGAGUGCAUCAAGGUCCUUGUCGAACGGAACCCUCAGCUGCAGCACCUCCAGCUGUCCGAGAUUGGCAAGCUCAACGAUGCGAGCCUGGCACUGCUCCACCCGCUCAAGCACUUGACCUCGCUGGACUUGUCUCGAAGUGGCACGCCGCAAGGUACGACGUUGACCGACGAUGGGGUCGUCGCCUUGCUCGAGAACGUCGGCGAACAACUCGUCACGCUCGUGCUGGACGAGAACCCGCUCUUGACGGACCGCACCCUACUCGAGAUCAAGAUCCAUUGUCCCAACCUGCGCGUGCUAUCGCUCAAGCUCUUGUCGAACAUUCAAUCCAAAGGGCUCGAAGCGCUCUUCCUCGACUGGGUCAACACCGGUUUGACGCACCUCAACCUUCAUCGCGUCCUCUUGCUCGAGAACGAAGCGAUCCAAGCCGUACUCAACCACUCUGGUAACUCGCUCAAGAAUCUUGAUCUUCACUCCGUCGACGAGAUCGAAGAUUUCAUCCUCAACGAAGUCGCCGACAAGGCGCCGAACCUCGAGGUGUUGGACCUGAGUUACGUUCGUAGUUGCGACAACUUUGUGGUCAAGAAGAUUUUGGAUCAGUGUGGCAAGUUGGAGAAGCUGUUCGUGCAUGGUUGCAACAGGGUUACGGAGGACUGUCCGAGUCGAGUAAGUUGACAGGACACUAUGUGCUUGCUCCUUUGGUGGUGAUUUUGCUGACAAUUGUUGUUUUUUUGCGGUACGGCGAUUCACAGAAGGGUUGCUCGAUCCGAGGUCUCGAGAAUUGUCUCGCCGUCGAAUUGUGA